AUGACCGAACAAAGAGAAAGCAAGACUUAAGAUUUAAAAGAAGAUCAACUAAGAAAACCGACAUGGCUUGAUGUUCUUCCUUACUUCCUCCCAACUGUUUUAACAUUUGUAGCAAUAGUAUGCAGCUAUAAGUACAAUUAUUUCUCUAUCGGUCCAUAUCUCAGUUUUGUUGUCAUUCCUUUGAUAGACAGCUAUAUAAUGCCUGAGAAUCAUAAAAAUUUAAAGGACAAAGAAUUAAGAGGAUUUGAAAAGGAUGAUAGAUUCCUCCUACCCCUUUACUCUCACUACAUUUUGGAAUACUUUUUCCUCUAUUCUAAUCUCUACUAUAUCGGAUAAGGCGUCAUAGGAAUUACUGUAUCCCAAUUUCUCGGCCUUUUAGUUGCUCAAAUAUCAAGUGGUAUUGCAAGUGGAGCAAUAGCUCACGAAUUACUUCACAGAAAACCACUAAGAGAUAAAAUUUUCGGAACCUUGAUUUUCAGCAGAUUUUUCUAUGGGCAUUAUUUCAUUCAGCAUGUGAGUUCACAUCAUAAAAUGGUAGCUACAGUUCACGAUGCCUCAACAGGUAGACUUGGUGAAGGUUUCUGGACUUAUUUUGGAAGAGCUUUGACCCAAGGAGUUGAAGUAAGUUGGGAAUUUGAGAAAAAUAGACUUGCAUUAGUUAAGAAAUCACCAUACACCCUAGAGAAUAGGCUGUUCUCAUUUGUUACAGGUUAAACUAUUUAUUUUCAUUCUUAAGUAUGUUUGCACUUGAGGUAGUUAAUUAUGUUGAGCACUAUGGCUUAGAAAGAAAACAAGACAAGAAUGGAAAUUAUGAAUCAAUAAAAAACAAGCAUGCCUGGAAUACUCCUGAGUAUUAAUUUCAAAUUGCAGAGACACUCAGAUCAUCACUGUAAUGUUUACAAACCUUACUAGAUUCUAAGCAGUUUCGAAGAAAGCCCAAUGAUGCCAUGUGGAAACCUAUUAGCGACAAGUAUUGCUGCUUUCCAUCCAUCUGACUGGUCUAAACUUAUGGAUCCAUUAGCUAUAGCAUAUAAUUCAAAUGAAAAAGUGACUGAUGAGCAGAAAAAAAUUGCUGAGGGUAUUGUUUUCAAACAUAAUCUGAUCAAUGCUCUCUUGGUAACAUAUCUCUGCUUCUUCUGA